AUGAAGUCGCCCAGCACAAACAAUUUCUUCCGCAACAACGCUCUGCCACACAUCAUCACCACACCACAGCAGCAACAGCAACCGCACGCGUCGCCUUUCCUCUUCUGCUCGGCAGCACCAACUCUUCCACACACCACCACCACCAAGCCACCGCACCGCACCACCAAAAUGUCGGCGAACAGCACCGAGCUGCAGAAGAAGAUUGAGCAGCAGGAGCUGAUGAUCGAGUGGCUCACGACCAGAUCUGUCGAGAGAGACAACACCAUUGCAAGCCUCACCCACCGCCUCCAAAUCGCUCAAAUCAAUGAGCAAAACAGCAGAAAUGAGCGCGUCAACCAGGCUUUGGGCUACCAAGCCAACGAGCAGAAAUUGCUCGAGCGAGUGAAGAAGCUGGAGCAGGAGAAGACACAAUUGGUGGAAGUGAUGGACGAGGCCGCCAAAGAAUUCGACUUCCUGCCAGAGUUCGCGAGCAAGGUGAAGGAAGUGAAGGAUGCAGUGAUGGAGAAGUGA